AUGCAGCCAAAAGUCGGGUCUCUUUGCCUGCGACUGGAUCUGGCUGUCAAAGAAUUAGGUUCAUUGGCUCGAAGUGGCAAGUUCCGGGUCUGUGGAUUCUGGGAUAUCCUUUGGCCCCCGAAUCACUUGUCGCGCUGGAGCAGUCAUGCCCGCAUAAGCAGGAUUGAGCAGCCGUUCUUGAAAAUUGGCUCCCGAGGCUGUAUGACAGAGUCGAAGCCUAACCUCCUGGCGACGUCGCAGGCGCUGAUAUCGAUGGCUCCCUUUGCGCUUGCUUUUGGCAUGUUGUCGGAAGGGUCAGGUAUUGCUGCUGAGAAAGGUGUAGGGGCAAUUUCGGGAGCUGUGGUUAUUGUGGUGCUCGCGGCACUCACAGCGCUCUGUGAUUCUUCCUCCGGCUGGUGGUGGUGCUGGCGGGUAGUAUCACUGUCUGUCUUGGUGGAUGCCGGUGGCGUCUCGUUGGCGCAAGGUACCGGCCAGGCUAUACCGCAAGCUGGACAGGCGUGGCCUAGAGCCCCGGGCACAGGACUUGGAAUAGACCUUGUUGAACUCCGCACGCCAGUACCACGGGCCCCAUAG